AGCAUGUUCCUCUACCAGCUCCUCAGCUUCUUCUUCGCCGGCGGCGGCGAAAAGAAGGAAGAGCCCUCCUCGGGGUACGAGGCCUCCCGCUUCAAGAGGGGCGACCUCCUGGAGGUCCCCCGGACGCUCUUUACGCACUUCGGCAUCUACUUGGGCGAGGGGCGGGUGGCCCACCUGAUCCCGGACAUUCUGCCGGCGCUCACCCGCGACCGGGCGGCGGUGGGCGAGGCGGUGACCAACCGGCGGCUGAUUCUGGGCGUGGUGGCCAAGGUGGCCAGCGUGCGGGUGGACUCGCUGAGGGACUUCGCCUACGGGUCGCCGGUGCUCGUCAACCGCACGGACGACGUGUGCAAGCAGCCGCCGCUGGACGGCGAGCGGGUGGCCGAGCGGGCCGAGAAGCUGCUGGGCGCCGUGGCCUACAGUCUGCUCUGGUACAACUGCGAGCACUACGUCAUGUACUGCAGAUACGGCAUGGCCAUCAGCUACCAGACCUACCAGUUCUGCACGACAGUGCGCAAGAUCGUGUGCAGCCGCACCAGCUCAUACCUGACGGCCUUGUGCGGGGCGGCCUUCCUGCUUUUCCUGGGCUGCGCUACUCCCGCCCCCCUUUUGGCCACGCUUUUGCUGUCCUUCACCAUCUGGAUGGCCGCCUAA